CGCGCCCUGGCGCCCAGAGGCCCUGGCGGCGGUCCGGGAGGGCCCGGGCGCAGUGUGCGGACGAUGCCGAAGCUGCAGGGCUUCGAGUUCUGGAGCCGCACCCUGGGGGGGGCUCGCCACGUGGUGGCGCCCAUGGUGGACCAGAGCGAGCUGGCUUGGAGGCUGCUGAGCCGCCGGCACGGGGCCCAGCUCUGCUACACGCCCAUGCUGCACGCCCAGGUCUUCGUGCGCGACGCCAACUACCGGAAGGACAACCUGUACUGCGAAGUGUGCCCCGAGGACCGGCCGCUCAUCGUGCAGUUCUGUGCCAAUGACCCAGAGGUGUUUGUCCAGGCGGCUCUCCUGGCCCAGGAUUACUGUGAUGCCGUCGACCUGAAUUUGGGUUGCCCGCAGAUGAUAGCCAAGCGAGGUCACUACGGGGCCUUCCUGCAGGAGGAGUGGGACCUGCUCCAGAGAAUGAUUCUGCUGGCACAUGAGAAGCUCUCUGUCCCCGUCACGUGCAAAAUCCGCGUCUUCCCAGAGAUUGACAAGACCGUCAAGUACGCUCAGAUGCUGGAAAAGGCCGGCUGUCAGCUGCUGACCGUGCACGGGCGCACCAAGGAGCAGAAGGGGCCGUUGUCGGGCACCGCGUCCUGGGAGCAUAUCAAGGCUGUGCGGGGGGGAGGGGGGGACGAGGGACUGCUGCACCCGCCCUCCUCGAACCGCCUGGUUGGCCGCAGCAGGCAGAACUCCCACCGGGGACUCCCAAAAUAUGCGAAGUGUGAUCAGUGUGGAAACCCAAAGGGCAACAGAUGCGUGUUCAACCUGUGCCGGGGCUGCUGCAAGAAGCGAGCUUUCAGAGAGGCCGCAGAUUGCCCAGGUCACGGAUUGCUUUUUAAAACCAAAUUGGAGAAGUCUCUGGCCUGGAAGGGGGCCAGGCAGCUUUCCUGAGGUGGUGGGCGGUGCCCUGGCCCGAAGGGCAGCUGGAGCCCGACAUGCAGCCCCCCCACCCGAGGCUCCGGGGCUGCUGCUGAAGCCUCACCACGUCCCACCGGAGGAAACGCCUUUACUCAGGGAAUCUCCCGCUACUCCACACACAGAAGGAUGAGCUGGUCUUGCCCUCGCCGGGAGCCCGGAAAUGCUGCACCGGGGAGCAGGCUCCCAGGCUGGACCUGCCCCCCUCCUA